UGCUCCAUGCAGGCUGAGGGGAUCCACAGGGCUACCAAGAUUGAACUUGGAGAUGUUCCCCAUGCACGAGGAAAGGUGAUCAAACUGCUACAGUCUAAAUGCCAUUACAGAGAUGAGGCUGAGAUCAUCUGUCGCAAAGUUGAAAUUAAACUCAGAAAGGAACAUUUUCCUUAUCCCCAUACAUGCAUUACUGAGCUCAGGACUUCUCACUGGGAAGAAGCCAUCCAGGAAACAGUGGGUGGGGCAGCCAACCGGAAGUUGGCUGAGGAAUGUUAUUUCCUGUGGAAAUCUACUCGUUUACAGCAUAUGACACUAGCAGAAGAUGUCAAAGCCAUGCUCACUGAACUUCGAAAGGAGGUCCACCUGCUCUUACUAACAAAUGGAGACAGACAAACCCAGAGGGAGAAGAUUGAGGCUUGUGCCUGCCAGUCCUAUUUUGAUGCUGUUGUUGUAGGUGGAGAGCAGAAGGCAGAGAAACCGGACCCUUCCAUAUUUUAUUACUGCUGUGAUCUUCUCGGAGUACAGCCUGGAGACUGUGUGAUGGUUGGUGAUACGCUGGAAACCGAUAUACAAGGAGGCCUCAGUGCAGGGCUGAAAGCUACAGUCUGGAUAAACAGAGAUGGGAGAGUGCCACGGAGCUCAUCCCCUGUGCCACAUUAUACAGUUUCUUCCGUGCUAGAGUUACCUUCUCUCCUACAAAGGAUAGAUCAUAAAGUCGAUAGUUCAGCUUAAAGCUGCCUGACCUUUCUUCAGGGACCCCAGUUUUCCUAUAGUGUAUAAAUGACAAAUAGGUUCCUCCUUUUUAAAUAUGCUAUUGAAGUCAGCAUGUGAUGCUCCUUUCCCAAGACAUUUCCCAGCUUGUAGUCACAGCUAACUCAGCACAUAUGGAAAAUAUAUUCAUCUCUGGAUGUUUUUGCUUCAUUACUCUUUGAUAAGCCUUAGUCAUCCACAUGUGCCUGUUUUAACUCAGUCUGAAAACCCUUUCAGUACAUUCCACUUUCUUUUUCUUUUAAUAAGAAUCUGUUAUUUUGGAAUAAUUUCGGGUUUAUACUAUAGUUGCAAAGAUAGUACAGAGAGUUCUAUAUACCUGUCACCAGUUUUCCUUAAUGUUAAGAUCUCACCUACCCAUGGUACAAUGACCAGAAUCAAGAAAUUAACUACUAGUGAUAUGUAUAUACAUAUGUCUGUAUUACCUAGAAUUCCUUGUAAGGAAGAUUAUGCCCAUGUAUUUACUUAUUGUCUUUUAUUUGUAACACUGUGGACUCGUGUGUAUUCAUUUUCUGACCUCAGUCCUCACCCAGUGCUAUGUUAUUUAUUUCAUUGCUCAAACAUUCCCAGCUGUGGCCACUGGGAGCUCGUCCACACCGGCUCCCGCGUCCCCUGGACGUGCCCUCUGGAGCACUUCCUCCUUAGCUUCUGGCACCAAAGGUGUUUCUAGGCCCAGCUUAUGCUUUCCCUUCCCCGGCCCUAGGAUCGGUCAUUUUCAAGGAGACCUAGUUCCCUUCUUUGGAGUAUGGCAUUUAGGAGCCAAGUUCUGGGUGAGGGUGUGCUCGUUGCCACUGGGGUUGUCGCUGAGCACACAGCGUCAGGAAAUACAUGCAUGUUAACCCAUGGAUACACACAUAGUUACAAAUUAUUGUAGGAAAGGCAUCCCCUGAGCCCCGUUUCCUUACUGUUCUAUGAGGACAGCUGUCUGUUGCUUAACCCCAAAUAUGUCUGGCUUUGUAGGGAGCCAGAUAUGUCUUGCCUUGAGAAGCCUAAAAGCGGUGUGUUGUACCCAUGAGAAAGGAAGUGGAUAAGGGCCUUGAAGGCCAAGCACCUGGCCAUGAAGGCCACGCCUAUGCGCAUCUUCAAUACUUCUAUAACCAUGAAUUAGCACUGUAGCAGUUUGAGAGGUACAGCUUUGUGCGGAUAAAGUGACCUCUUUUGAGCAGCCUCCAUGAUGACUCCCGCUGCCUUCUUUGCUUUGUCUUGUCCCCUGGACCCUGGCACUUGGCAUUGUGAGGAUGAGGUAGGUGGUCAUGAGAACAAUGGCUCUUGAGCUUCCCUGGACAUGGACAGGUGGAGGAGAUGUGCCCCCCCCCAGCCUAUAUUUGGUACCUGGUGGCAACAUGCUUGACUGCUUAGGCAGCACCGGAGGAUUGGGAGUCCACACACAGGACCUCGGAGGCUAUACAGAUGGCACUGGAAAUGCUAGAGACCCAGUCCCUCUGGCCCACCAGGAAUUGGCUGGGCAAGUGGUGUGGAUGUUCCUGAUGGUCACCUGCCAUGCUGCUCACAAAACUGUGGAGUUGCAGCAGUGAAUGCAGGGUCUCCACUAGGAGGAGGACUUACAGCAACAGGUGGCCAUGGGUGGCUGAAAGCCCCUAGCGCUGUGCAGCAACAUGUGGAGAUGCAGGAACCUGUCGCCGCAGGGUGGCAGCUGGGUGGCCCCCCGAUAGCUACCCGACAGGCAGCGUGCAGGGCCAUGGAAUUGCAGAAUUUGGCCAAGCAGUGUAAGCAACGUUUGGGUGAAUCUGUGCCUGCCUGGCCAUUGUGACUGUGAGAUGAGGGCGCUGAGGACACAAAGCAGUGUAGAUGUCAGCUCACUUGGGAGAUGUAUGAGUAGCGCGACUUCAAGUGACCGAAGAGAACUACUGCGGUGAAGCAUGGCAAGGAAAAAGUAACCACGGUGAAAACGGCGCCAGAGGUAGGCCACAGGAGGACUGCGGAAAGUGAGUCACAGCCAGGCAUGGACUCACUUUUUAGCUGCUAGUUUGACUCAUGAAAAGCUUAAUGGACAGCCUUUGGAGGUGUUGAUGGGACUGUGGAAGCAGUUGCAUCCAGACCACCGCUGUCGCCCACUGCCCCCAAAGCGAGUGGAGGCGAGCGCUGUGGUGGACCAGGAACUCCUGCCUUGUGCACUGACUUCCUCCCUGACCUAGGGGUGGGGCAGAGGUACCCAGCAUAUUGAGACAUUGGACACUGGAGGCCAUUUGUUAAAGUCACCAUUCACUGGUCCCCAGAGAAUGUACAGUGGAUGUUGGUGCUGGUGGAUACAGAUGGUGGUUGGAAGAAGCAUACAUCAUCCACCCAGCACGCAGCCCUUUUAGUUCACCUGUGUGCCCUGUGAAGGAGUCUACGGCACCUGGAGAAUGACAGUGGACUAUCAGGAACUAAACAAAGUGACUCCCCUGCUGCGUGCUGCAGUACCGAACAUCACUGACCUGAUGGAUGAACUGACUGUGACUUUGGGGACUUAACACUUUGUGUUAGAUUUAGCUAAUACCUUCUUUUCCACUGACAUUGCCCUGGAAAGCCAGGGUCAGUUUGCCGUCACGUGGGAAGGCCGGCAGUGGACAGUCACUGUCUUCCCACAAGGACACAUGCUCAGCCCUACUUUGUGUCACAGCUUGGUGGCUAGUGGCCUGGCCACCUGGUCCCCUCCACCCUCGUUUCAAGUGUUCCAUUAUAUAGAUGAUACAGUGUUGACUUCUGACUCUCUUCCAGACCUGGAAGCUGCGGCUCACAGAUAGGCUGCAGUGAAGACCUGGUUAUUCUGUCGAGUCCUUGGGUGUUGUCUGUCAGAUAAGACAAAGGUGUUACCCGAAGCGGUGGCUCAGGCCCAGGCACUGCGAGUCACUGAUGCCUCCAUACUGUUCCUGUUGACGGUGUCUGCCAGCAUGGGUGGGUACGGGUGGGGAUUAUGGCAGAAGCACGGGGCCCACAAAGUCCCAGUAGGAUUUCGGUCUCAGCUGUGGAAGGGAGCAGAGACUUGCUAUUCGCUGUUGGAAGGACAGCUGGCAGCAGUGUAUGCAGCCUUCCUGGCUCCUGAAGGAAUCGGAAGUGCGAGCAGUACGGGUGGUUACUGCCCUCCCGAAUGAGGGGUGAGUGCGAGCCUGGGCCACAGCUCCCCGGACUGGGGUUGCCUAGACACCCACCCUGACCAACUGGGGAGCCUAUUUAGAACAACAGGCUAGAUUAUCCAAAAAUCCUCUCACAGGAAUUGCAGCAAGUCCUGGGACUGUUAACCUUUGUGGUUGAACCCGCACCCACCUUACUGGGCAUGGAAGUGCCAGUGGUAAGCCCCUAUGAGGAGGGGACAGGGACGCCACCAGUGGAGGUCUGGUAUACAGAUGGAUCCGCAAAGGGCCACCCACCAACAUGGGUGCCCGUCGCCAUUCAGUCCUUACAGGAAGAGUCCUGGUAUGAGCCUGGAGUAUGGCAAUCCAGUCAGUGGGCUGAACUACAGGCGCUGUGGCUUGUUUGACUAGGGGAUCAGGUCAGAUAACCAUAUGUACUGGCAGUUGGGCCGUGUUUUGGGGCCUUACUGGUUGCCUUAGUGGGCAGAGCAGGCCUGGGCAAUUGGCCAUCGCCCACUAUGGGGACAAACUGUGGAAGGACCUGUGGACCCGUGGGUUAAAGGAAGGGGCCCUGAUAUAUCAUGUGUCAGGACAUCACCCAGAACUAAGCCCUGGGAAUGAUGUGGCUGAUGCCUUGGCCAGGGCUCGUACACUCCAGGAACUGCCCCUUAUGGAAAUGGGGCAAUGGCUGCAUAAGAAACUAGGGUGUGUAGGCCCAAGAACCAUGUGUAAAGUUGCCCAGAGGUGGCACAUUCUGCUGAUAUUUGCUGGCGCAAAACAAGUAGUGCUAGCAUGUGCUCACUGUGCUCACUUUUACCAGCAUCGUCAUCGGCUGCCCAUGUUUCAGAGGGACUGAAACAGUUAAGAUAGAUGCAGUGGGUGAAGCACUUGCCCGUAGCAGUACGCUUGCUGAAUGAGCAGCCAAGGAGAACGGGGGAAAGCCCCAUAGGGAGGUUGGUGGUGGCUCGCCCAUAUGUCUUGAAAUGUUUGAAACAAGACACCAGUGGGUUGGAGCCACAGUUGCUGGAAGAAAUAUUGCUCCUUCCUGCCCCACGUACACUGUCUCCUGGCCAUACAGAGGAGCGGACAUGGCCGCGGACCUUCAUGUUUGAAGAACAUCCAUGGGUUGCCUUGUAUGAGAUAUGGAGAGGGGCUGACCCAUGGGUUACAAGUGGAUAGGAAAAGCUGACUGCUUCCUUUCUGGCGAGGGCAGUAUCCAUACUGGCAGGGACUUUGGUCGUGCAAGUGUGGCCAGUACCACGAUUUCUGUUGAAGGCUGAGCCUGAUGCCCUGUCAGUGUCUUCAGAUGCCCUGGUCUGGUAUCACAGACCAGGGAAACCACCCCAGCAGCCACUGUUUUGUCACAAGAUGACAAGGUCACUUGUAUCCUCCCAGAGAACUGGGACUUGCCAUUGAUGGUGUCUGCCCUGUCUUUCCGCCCAGGUUGACAGAGAGCAAUAGUAUGGUGGCGUGGGCCUAUACUUUUGCCCAGAUACAUAAUGUCUCCCACUGCUGGGCGUAUAUAGAACUGCCGGACUGCUGUGGAAAAUCGCUCCCACCAACCUGUCUGUGUAGGGACGCCUUCAAGCGUGGGAUCAUAAUGAUGCCAAAGGUGAAGCAAAAUGCACGCAACCAAGCAGUUGAUCCAGCAACAGCACACGCUCCGCCUGGGGAGGCUACCGUGUAUAGUGGGUGGCAAUGAAUGUCUAGUGUACAUGUAACCUUGCAAACUAUAGCUCCACUGUGCAUUGAAUAGCAGGUUUCCAUACCCAAUCGCAUGGUUGGCUGGUUACCCAGAGAACUGUGCGCCAACGUCAGUGUUAAUCUCACCCUGUCAGCCUCCUCCCUGUCUCUGACCCACAGAUUAAGGAGGCGACACAAUGAGAUAUUGAAGACCUGAACGGACCAGCCUGGGGACUCAAGCCGUAACAGCUCAAGAGUAAUGCCGAGAAGGCACUCCUCAUGUUUAUUGAGUAAAUGAAUAUCUGAAGAAUUCUGAGUAGGGGGUUCAGCACAUGAUCAUCAUCUAUCUUUGAGUCCCACCCAAGGGCGGGACACUCCGUAAGGACACCGAAACCAUGUGAGGGCGGUCACGAGCUGUAGGAACUUUUUAUGGCUUUAAUCACUCUGUCCUUGACCAAACAUCAGAGGUUGUAGGAGAGACAGUCAAGUCACAAAUCUUCAUAUAUCUGAUUUCUGUAUUACUUGAUUUAUAUAUUAAGCCCAUUAAUCCCACAGCACCCCUAAGUGUGUACGCACUGUGUCAACUGUACCCCUGCCAGGAGAAAACAUUUGGAUAUGUGGGGAAUAUGGCUGGUCCUAUCUCCCUGCAAAUUGGACAGGCCGUUGUACGUGGGGCCGCCCACACAUAUCAGGACAGAUACUGCAAACCUUGCUGCGGCGCGCACAUAAUUGGGAUGCUGUAUAUUCCUGUUGGCAUCGCCCAAAUGGACAGCAUGGCGGUUUUACCCCAUGGCUAUCUUCCUUCCAGGAGUCGGCAUUAUAGAUGUAGAAUUACAAAUAGAAGCCCUCGUACAGCAUGUUGCUCAUGUGUUGAAUGUACCAAGGUCCUUGCCAGCCCUAUUGCAAGAUGAAGUCACCCAGAUGCAGAAGGUGACUUAACAAAACAGAAUGGCUCUGGAUAUACUCACAGCCGCACAAGGGGGCACCUGUGCUUUACUGCACGUGACUGCUGUGUUUAUAUCCCAGACCACCGGCAGCACAUACAAGCUGCGCUCCAGGAAGUGGAUGAGGAAGUGUCUCAGACACAAGCCUUAUCUCAAGACCCCCUGUCUACUUGGUGGUCACAGCUUGAUCCCACCUGGGGAUGGUUCCAAACCAUAGUGGCCGCUGGGGCAUGUGGCCUCCUUGUCUGUUAUUGUUCUUUAUAUUGUUUCUGUGGGCUCUGGGCUCUGCUUUGUGUGCAAGAAAAAAGCAGAUGGCUGCUGUCCUAUAGAAAUGGGUGGGGUGUAGGGAAGGUUUCCCCCUUUCCCCUACUGUUCUAUGAGGACAGCUGCCCACUGCUUCACCCCAGAUAUGUCUGGCCUUGAGAAACCUAAAAAUGCAGCAUGCUGUGCCCAUGAGAAAGGAGCUAGUUAAGGGCCGUGAAGGACACACGCAUGUGAAUGUGAACAGAGCUGAUAUAAAUGUUUCCAUACAAAUUAUUUGUUGUUGCUAUUUGAGCACAAGUUUUCUGUUCACUUUGAUAAAAACCUAUAUGUGGCAUUCCUUGGUUGUAUGGGGUCUGUUUAACUAUACGAUGCUGUUGAACUCUUUCCCACAGUGGCUCUACCAUUUUACAUUCCCCACUAGCAAUGAAUGUGUUUCUGUUCCUGUACAUUCUUUUCAGCAUUUGGUGAUGUCAGUUUGUUAAAAAAUAAACUGUCAUUCUAAAAGGGUCUAUUUUCUUUUUGAGGGCAGAAUUGUUUUGGACAAAUAGGUCUAAUUAACAUUCAGCUAGCUAGCAGAAGUCAGGUGAAGGUUUUUAUUGUGUGAAGUUAAUUAAAUGAGGCCAUUAUACUGAGGUGGUCUUUAUGCCUUAGCAGCAUUCAUAAAAAAGCAACACUGUCCAGCUAUGAAUGCCCCAAGGCUGGGAAAUUGAAACCAAAGGACAAGCGAUCACAACUAGCCAACUAGGAUUUCUCAGAUAUGGUAACCACUUAACCUACAGCCAAUCAGAUAAUCUCCUUGCUUUGCUUCCUACCUAUUCUCUUAAAGUCUGACUGCUAACCACUUCCAGUUUGGCACUACCUGAGUUGAAUCAAUUUGUGCUCCAAUAAACUCAAAUUAGAAAUUUUAA